CACUGGCCACGAGCAGCGAGAUCCAGACCCAGCUUCAAGAACAACACAUGCAGAAUAGAGUGAGAAUGGAAGACGCGCCUGACAUGGUCAAGUGAUCCUGAACUGAUAAUGCUAUGCUGCUGAAGGGUAUCCUUCCACCUCGCACGAAAUCGCCGUGUCUUUUCGCGGAAACAAGUCUCGUUUUCACGCACAGCAGAGUCGCACUGCGGUGUCCGUCGCGGCACCCUCCACAUGCAACGGCACCGAAGUCGCCUGUUUCCCAUGCUACGAACGUUUCGCUGAGAAUGCUAUCGAUGUCGCUCCUAUGCGACGUGGAAAACAUUGUUAAUAUUUUACAAAUUUUCCAGCGAACGUCUUUCAGAUGCCGUAUGUGCCGAGUUCGUUGAUUGCCGCGAGUGUUCAGGGCCACUACUACUGGACGGUGCGUGGAGACCCUGCAUAGGUGGAUUGGGCCAUCCAUUUCAGCCUGCCUACAACAGGUCAAAACAGGCGUCUCAUGUUCUCUCAUUCUCACCAAAUUCCCUGAUCGUAAGGCGUGCUCAAAGCCCGAGCCACUGCGGGGGACCCAACCAUGAGAUGUCAAUCCACCCGAGGCUCUUCGGGACUUGACCGAUCAACGUCGCAUAUCUCUAUCCCCAAGGCUCUGAUUCGUCCAGUGUCCACAGCCAUAAACAUAAGAGGAAGGCUAACCCGGGCAUGGCUAUAUCACGGACAUUGCCUCCUCUCCAACCUGCCCUGGCCAUCUCUCUUCUUAUCUCACUUCUUGACCCUGGUCUCUAACAUAUAGUGUCGCCAUUCUUUCCCUUAGGUGACUCCUUCAUUUUGACCACUCGACCAAGUCUACAGGCACAAGGCUUCAUCUCUAUCGCCAUGGCCCCGCCAACCGCCACAUACACCGAGACCUCGACGCCCUCCAAGGGCUUCGACACCGCGGACGCGCAGCCGGAAGGCACCGCACCCAACGAGCCAGGACUGAAGCAAGGCGAAGCGGUAGUCCAACUACAGAAGUUCCCCGGCCCACCCCGCUUCACCGACAAGUACGAGGCGCGAGAAUACCUGAAAGGACGGCUGGCGCUGGCCUUCCGACUAUUCGGCAAGUAUGGAUUCGACGAAGGCGUUGCCGGACACAUCACGCUCCGCGACCCCGUGGAACCGGACAAGUUCUGGGUGAACCCGUUCGGACUGGCAUUUAGCCAGAUCAAACGCUCGGACUUGAUUCUCGUCGACCACGAAGGCAAAGUGGUUGACGGCGGGCCCAACCGCCUGCUCAACACGGCAGCAUACAUGAUCCACGCGGCAGUGCACAAGGCACGCCCGGACGUCCUUUGCGCCGCCCACUCGCACAGCAUCUACGGCCGAACCUUCUGCACGCUCGGCCGCCCCAUCGACAUCACGACCCAGGACAGCUGCGCGUUCUACAACGACCUGGCCGUGUACAAUUCGUUCAAGGGCAUCGUGCUGGCCAAGGAGGAGGGCGAGAACAUUGCCCGUGCCAUCGGCAACAAGAAGGCCUGUCUGUUGCAGAACCACGGCCUUCUCACCGUCGGCCAGACCAUCGAGGCUUGUAUUUUCUGGUUCAUCUCACUUGAGAAGUGCUGUCGUACGCAGUUGAUGGCCGAUGCUGCCGCCGCCGGCCGAGGUGGCGAAACUAUCAAGAUCGACGAUGAGGAUGCCGCCUUCACUUACAAGAGCGUCGGUACCCCGCGAGCCGGCUGGUUUAGUGCCAAACCCAUGUUUGAUGUCAUGGCUCUGGAGUCCGGGGACGAAUACUUAAAAUGACGGACGGAGUCGAUCAUUUAUGUACCUUUUUUUUGAAAUAGUGUUUGCUUGUCCUUUGAUACGAUGUAAAUGUCAUGACCUUAAGACGA